UGAAAAAGGUGAAACUAUAUCAGAAAGACUGUUCCGUCUUCAAGGGAUUUUCUGUUCAAGGAGCCCAGUCACUGGGGGCUUUAAAUUACUGGUGUACCCUACCUCCAGGGGAUAGUAGUGGGCUUGACUGGUAACCCAAAAGAUGCCAGUCUUACUCUACAUCACGUUGGUAGCGUGUUCAGAGGACAUUAUUAAUACUCGCAACCUCCAAAGAAACAUUAAAUCUUAAUGCGUUAAAAUAACCUUUACGUGCGGUAUUCUAAAUGUAUAGUCGCAACGUAUCGUGCUGUACUGUUACGCAUAGGUGUGAAUUAAUGUUGGCAGUCCUGUACACAACUAUACUAUAGCAGACGAUCGUUUUUCACAUGGGCCGAUUUUGACAUGUUUAACAUAAAGAGCAUAGUUAAUAAAAUCACAGAAAGGGGAAGAGAUUCCCAACCGAACUCACCAGGACGAGGAAAUGGGGAAGAUAUAUUGGGUAAACAAGCAGCAGAGGGAUUCCUAUGUCCGAGAUGCAUGAAGGCAUUUCCAUGCCCAGAAGAUCUUCAGUCUCAUUAUGUGACAUCUCAUGAUGGUGAUGGCGACGGAGCCAUACGAGAUGUCCCUGCUGUGACUACUGCUCUGGAUUUUAUGUCUCUACAUCAGGAAGUGGGUGAAAGGUACAGACGCCAGGAAGGAAACUCCACACAGGCUACUUCAGUUCUAGAUGUACAAGCUAUUACAGACCCAGCUGAAUUAAGGCAAAGACUGAUAGAGGCACUUGAAAAUGGAGCUGUGUUACAACAGGAGAAGGAGCGGCUAGAACAGCAUGCAGCCCAUUUGGCACACAGUAACGUCACCUUAAAAGCUGCGUCCGAUGAGGAAGAAGGAAAUCAAGCUGCACUCAAGGAACGUUUGAAGGUUCUCGAAGCAAAAUUGUCUCACAGGUAG